UUAACAAAGUAUUAGCUCAUUCGUGAGCAUCAACACUUGACCCACAUUUUAUCCACUUCCUCAUUGCCAUGCUUAUCAUAAAUAUAAAACGACACCCCACCAAGCCAUUUCAACCGAAAAAAUGGAAGAAGAAAAGACAGUAUCAUCUUCCCCAGAUGGAUACAACGUGGGCAUUUUGAUGAUAACUUGCAUGAUUUUGUCAUGGCUAUUCAUCCACCGGUGGAGCCAAAGGAAUAAAAAAGGCCCAAAAACAUGGCCACUUGUAGGAGCCGCAAUAGAACAGCUUAUGAACUAUGAACAAAUGCAUGAUUGGCUGGUCAAAUACUUGUCUCAGUUGAGAACCGUUGUAGUACCAAUGCCAUUCACAACUUAUACCUACAUUGCCCAUCCUGCUAAUGUAGAACAUGUUCUUAAGACAAAUUUUGCCAAUUACCCAAAGGGUGAAACGUAUCAUUCAUACAUGGAAGUGCUGCUUGGAGAUGGGAUUUUUAAUGUCGAUGGUGAACUUUGGAGGAAACAAAGGAAGACCGCAAGCUUGGAGUUCGCAUCAAAGAAUCUGAGGGACUUCAGCACCAGAGUCUUCAGGGAGUAUAGCCUGAAGCUCUGUAGUAUUCUAAGUCAAGCAUCAUGCCACAAUCGAGAAAUUGACAUGCAGGAUUUGCUGAUGAGGAUGACAUUAGACUCCAUAUGUAAGGUGGGAUUUGGAGUAGAAAUAGGGACUUUGGCUACCAAUUUACCAGAUAAUCGCUUUGCUCAAGCUUUUGACACUGCAAACAUCAUUGUCACUCUUCGCUUCAUUGAUCCUUUGUGGAAAAUAAAAAGAUUUCUAAAUUUGGGCUCCGAAGCUCUACUUGACAAGAGUAUCAAAAUUAUUGAUGAUUUCACCUAUUCUGUAAUUAAAAGAAGGAAAGCUGAGGUAGAACAAGCUCGAAAGACUAGAACUAACAAGAUAAAAAAUGAUAUAUUGACCCGAUUUAUUGAGUUAAGCGAAGAUCCAAACAACAAAUUAAUUGACAAAAGUCUUAGAGAUGUUGUCUUGAACUUUGUGAUUGCUGGCCGAGACACAACAGCAACAACUCUCACAUGGGCUAUAUACAUGGUAAUGACACAUUCCAGUGUGGCUGAAAAGCUUUACUUAGAGCUAAAAAGUUUUGAAGAAGACGGAGCAAAAGAAGAAAAAGUUUCAUUUGUUCAGUAUGACAUGGAGAACCCUGAAUCAUUCAAUCAUAGAGUGACACAAUUUGCAAGGCUAUUGAAUUAUGAUUCAUUGGGAAGAUUAUACUAUUUGCAUGCAGUGAUCACAGAAACACUCCGUUUGUACCCAGCAGUUCCUCAGGACCCUAAGGGCAUCUUGGAAGAUGAUGUCUUGCCUGAUGGGACCAAAGUCAAAGCAGGAGGCAUGGUAACUUAUGUUCCCUACUCAAUGGGGAGAAUGGAGUUCAACUGGGGUCCUGAUGCUUCUUCAUUCAAGCCUGAGAGAUGGCUUAAGGAUGGUAUAUUCCAAAAUGCUUCUCCAUUCAAGUUCACUGCGUUUCAGGCUGGACCGAGGAUAUGCCUUGGGAAAGACUCAGCAUAUCUACAAAUGAAGAUGGCUUUGGCAAUUUUGUGCAGAUUUUUCAGAUUCACUUUGAUUUCAGAUCAUCCGGUGAAGUACAGGAUGAUGACCAUUCUCUCAAUGGAGCAUGGCUUGAAGCUUAAAGUAGAGAGACGUUCUUAAACUCCCAGAGGCCAUAUUUUAUAUCUUUCCUUGUUUUUGUUAUAUACCCGUGUGGGGAUAUAUUAAGACAUGCUCUUUAGUCUAAAUGAUGAUAUUUAACUAUUACUUCAUUUGUGGUCAACAAAUUCUUCAAAGCAUAACAGAGAAAUCAUAAAUUUACUAUAUACAAUAAUUAGUGUAAAUUCACGAACAUUAGUUCCUUUGACCUCCUGAAUGGAGGAUUGGUUA